AUGGUUCAAUUGAACACACCCGUGCAGGUUAUUCCGCCAGCGAAACUAGCGCACGUCGUUCUCCGCACCCGACCAGAGAGUUAUGAUCGCCUCAUCGAGUUCUACAAGACAUUUCUCGGCGGACGCACCUCUUUCGAGAGCGAAAGUCUAACACUAGUCGCAUACGAUGACGAGGAUCACCGCGUGGCCAUUGUGAAAAUCCCGGGUCUAGCGCCCAAAGAUCCACGAACAUGCGGGCUUCAUCAUUUCGCAUUCACUUUCAACACUCUCGAUGAUCUUAUGCUCGCCUAUCGACAGCGCAAAUCACUCGGCAUCGAACCGGUAUGGUGCGUACACCACGGCCCCUCGAUCAGCAUGUACUAUCGAGAUCCGGAAGGCAACCAGCUAGAAACACAGGUGGAAGUGCUCAACUCGACGGAAGAGUCGGUGGCAUUUAUGUCGUCGAAGGAAUUUAAAGAAAAUCCUUGGGGGGUGGACUAUGAUCCGGAACAUAUCAUCGCGGAACUGAAGCGAGGGGUGGAUCCGAAGUCGUUCUAUCCGAGACCAUAUAUUGGAGUGCGGGAGAUGGAGUCUGUGCCGUUGUCGAAGGAGUAA